CAGUCCGGUCGCUGUUGGAUGUUCAGGCUCUUACUGUAAUUUAUCUCACGAAUACUUAAAAGCACUGAUUUGUUCCUUUAAUUAUUUGACAUUUCCUCAUUCUGUUUGAAUCAUACGCUUUAGUUUUCCGCUUGCUCAUCGCACGUAGGUCGCUACUCUAGAGACUGUUACAAUGGCAAGUUCAGAGGGAAAUAAACUAUGGGGUGGUCGCUUUGUGGGAAACACCGACCCUAUAAUGGAAAAGUUCAACGCGUCAAUCUCGUACGACCAGCGAAUGUGGAAAGCUGAUAUUAAAGGGAGUAAAGCUUAUGUAAAAGCUUUACAGAAAGCAAGCCUUGUAACCCAAAACGAGAUGGAACAGAUUCUUACAGGCCUUGACAAGGUUUUGGAUGAGUGGUCUAAAGGCGAGUUCGAGAUCAAACCAGGUGACGAGGACAUUCACACAGCCAAUGAACGCAGGCUGAAGGAAUUGAUUGGUGAUGCUGCUGGAAAGCUUCAUACUGGCAGGAGCAGAAAUGAUCAGGUUGCAACUGAUAUGCGACUCUGGUUACGGGAUGGUAUUGCCACGCUUAAAGAACUGGCUUUGCAACUCAUCAACACUAUGGUGGAAAGAGCUGCAGCAGAGAUUGAAAUCCUGUGCCCAGGAUACACUCACAUGCAGAGAGCCCAGCCAAUCAGAUGGAGUCACUGGCUUCUCAGUCAUGUAGUGGCAAUAAGCAGGGAUGUUGAGCGGCUGGAGGACAUCAGGAAACGUGUUAAUGUGAUGCCACUAGGAAGUGGAGCCAUUGCUGGGAAUCCCUUCGACAUUGACAGAGAACUACUUCGCCAAGAACUCAGUUUUGACAGUAUCAGUAUUAACAGCAUGGAUGCUACUGGACAGAGGGAUUUUGUUGCUGAGUUUCUCUUCUGGGGAUCAAUGUGUCUCACGCACCUUAGCAAAAUGGCAGAGGAUCUGAUUUUGUACAGUACGAAGGAGUUCUCCUUUAUCAAUCUGACUGAUGCAUACAGCACUGGGAGCAGUUUAAUGCCUCAGAAGAAGAACGCAGACAGCCUGGAGCUCAUCCGCAGCAAAGCAGGACGAGUGUUUGGAAGAUGUGCAGGCUUUCUGAUGACACUCAAAGGCUUACCAAGCACGUACAACAAGGACUUACAGGAGGAUAAAGAAGCCAUGUUUGAUACAUAUGAUACUGUACACGCUGUGCUGCAGGUGGCGACAGGCGUCAUCUCAACUCUAAAGGUCAAUCAAGUAAAGAUGGAAGAAGCCCUCAGUCCAGAUAUGCUGGCCACUGAUCUCGCCUAUCAUCUGGUCAGAAAAGGAAUGCCUUUCAGAGAGGCUCAUGGUUGUGCUGGGAAAGCUGUCUAUAUCGCGGAAUCUAAAAACAUUCGACUGUCCCAACUCACUGUAGAGGACCUUCAGACGGUCAGCUCUCUUUUUGACAAGGACGUUUCUUCAGUGUGGGAUUACGUCAAAAGUGUUGAACAGUACAGCGCCCCCGGUGGCACAUCGAAAAGUAGCGUCACCGCUCAAAUCCAGCACUUUAAAACUUGGUUGCAGGCACAGAAACUGUAACAAGAGUCUCACUUUUAUUAAGGUCAAUGACAGGUGCUCUUCCAUUGAUGAAUUUGGCUUGUUAUGCCUACUAUUGUCUCUUAUUCCAUCAGAAAUGGAGGGGUUUUUCCUGUGUGAUUUAAAUGAGUAGAGUUUCACUGGUUCAUGAUGAGGGUUUUAUGACAAGCAAUAUGUACAAUGAAAUAGUUUCAACUCAAUAAAGAAUUACUUUAAUAAACAGUGA